AGAGGCGCGAUGCCGCGCGCCAGGGGAGUCCACCUGCAGUCCCGUGUGUCGUGAUCGGGCCACGCCGAGUUGAACCCCUUUACUGCGACCUCCCGUUCACGUCCCGGCUGAUGAACACGUACCGCCUGGAGCCGAAGAUACCGCUCGUGCCGGACCGCGUGGCGGCGGUGCUGAAGGAGGUGCUGGACCAGGGGCUGGGGGAGGCCAGGUACGACCCCGACUCCUGCGGCGACCUCGCCACCGCCCUCAGUGCCGAGAUACGCAGCAGGGUCAAGGAGCUCCUGUUCGACAGGUACAAAAUAGUAUGCUGCGUGACCAUCUGUCAGAAGAACCUUCAGGGCGUACACUCGGUGAUGCGCGGGCUGUGGGACGUGGCGAGGGAUAAGCUGGUGGUCCACCACUUCGAGAACACACACAUCGUCGCCGUGGGCUGCGUGGUGGGCGUCUACUUGGAGUAGUUCCUGGCUCCUCCGCGCGGCGCGUGGUGUGUGUGUGCUUGGAGUAGUUACUGUCUCCUCCGCGCGGCGAGCUGUGGGCGUGUGCUCGGAGUAGUUCCAGGCCUCUCCGCACGGCGCGCACGCUGCAGGAGCUCUUCCCCAGCCUAAAAGUGCACACGGCUGCUUUAUGAACUACGCAACAAUGUCCAGCAACUACCUUUUAGAGAACCGGUUUUUAAACUACACACGUAUUUCUUGCGUUUAGGCUUGUAUUAAGAUGACCAUAUUUAAACAUAAGCAUUCCAGAAAACUUUUCAAGACGCAGACGUUAAGUGCAUAGAAGCUUUAAAUGUUAUUAUUUUUCCUACACACCAUGUUUACACUUAUAAAAAAUUCACACAGUGAAAGAAAAUAACUGUUUUAAAUUAAAUUAUUAAAAAAUUGUGUAUUCAUAAAAAAUGAAUUUUCAAAAUAAUCCUUUUAUUAUUAAUAGGCGUUUACUCUUAUACAAUUUUAAGAUAUAUGGUGAAGUCUUGCGACUUGCGAGCCUUAUAAACGAUGGUGAAGUCUUGCGACUUGCGAGCCUUAUAAACGACUGUGAUUUUGUUGUGUGUUGCGCUAUUGCGUCUUUGCGUUCCUUUCGUAGUUUACAAACCCGACCUUCAUCCUCCAUGUUGAAUAUGUAGUUUUCUGGUAACUGCAGAGUUUUAUGAAGAACUAUUCAGAAAGUGAGAUUAUAGAAGCACUCUUGUUUGUGUUACCCAGCUGUAACAAUCCAGAAUAUGGCCUCAUAGCGAGUGACCAACAAGUGGAUGGCCACGUCUGUAUGUUACGUGGUAACCAGGCGAUGCCGUUUGGUCUGCACCAUAUUGCUUAGACGCCCAAAACAUUGACUGAAGAGUAGUGUUUGCUUUGUGGCCAAACAGUUUUAAAAAUGGAUGUAUUUUAUAGAAGUGAGUGUGCUUAACGACGAAGAUUCUAAUUAAUACUUAAUAAUCAUUAUCAGACGUGGCCAAGCACCAUUACCGAUAUAUAUUUUGGGCGAGACAAUAUAGCGAUGAAAAAAAAAAAAACUGACUUUAACUACGUCACAGUAUGCCAUCUCUUGACAGUUCAUAAAUUCGUGGUUAUUACGAAUAUUGGCCUGACGUUCAAACAAACAUUAAAUAACAAAUACCAUAAGUACAUCGUGCCACAGAUUUUUGAUACAGAACACGCUAUACAAUGUUUAUAUAUGGGAACAUUCGAAAAGAAGAUGUCGAAGAUAAAAAGUGAUGGUAAAAAUAUGCAACAACAACAUGGCUGGUGAAGCCGCACUUAACGCAGCUGUUCACCUGCAGCCGUGCUAAGCACGCCAUUUUGAUGCAGAACUGGCUCGUGCUGUUGCUUGUAACACCUCAAUACAACCUCAAGCUGGUGCUUCUAGUGCGUAUUCGCCUCUAAGUGCAAGGCUCUGAACUGGUGCGCAGUCUUCUUGUCGUGCAUAGGGCAACUAUAAUAUUUGAGCGGUAACCAUAGCAUUAUAUGGCGUAGAAAUGAAGAUAAAUUUAUAAUGCAAUUCUCUUGAGCGCUUUCACGCACCUAGUCAUUUUCAGUCUUCUAAAAAUACAGUUUAGAAACAAAAUACGGAAACAGAGCUACUCAUCCGCCCUCAGUGAUUUCUUAAAUUAUUUUCGUAAACAAACACCACUCUGUGGUUUCUUCUGAAGCUCUGCACACCGUAUGUGUGCCCACGAAGACGGAGGCCUACAUACGUCAAUUUGGCAUGUUCCUAAUUCUCCUAUUCCAUAAUGCGUCUAAUUGACUAAAAAUAUACUGGAAAUAGAUUUUCAACUGUGUUUUCUGACUGUCCUAGCUUUCUUAUAUAGUACUUUUAAUUUAGUUUAAGAAGGAUGAAAACUUUAAAUACUUCAUGUUUAAGGUCAGAUGAUAGGCCUGUCUAAAAUUAUCAAUGUAUAAAGCUUUGUCAGAAUAAAAGUAAAGACUUUUUUUUUAAGAUGACCAUAGUUUGCAACUCAGUUUUGUUAUAAUUAAAAGGAUAAUGAUGUAAUACAUAAAAGAAUCAGUAGAAUUUAACUGAGGAUAUGCUUGAUAUAAUGAGAAAAUAUUUCAUUACAUAACUUUGAAUUUGAUGUACCUUGAAUGACUCUAUUGGUGAUCAUAUUCCGUGCUUUAUUGUUUGUUUAACGUUAGUUGGAUUUUCAGAAUUUUGUAUGAAAUAUCGACGUUCAAUGGCGGACGCAAGGGGCAGGGGGAAUGGGGGUUAGUGAUAUUUCGAUGAAGGCAGUUUAUUGUAUUUGGUGAUGCAGCCGGAAACAACAAGCUACACACACAGGCCGUGGCUCAUGUAGGGACUGAUAAUGUGACAGUCCAAACACAUUCUUGUCGACGUAAGUUAUUCGAAAAUACAAAUUGUAAUUUUUUUUCUAUUCACAAUCAUUCCCUCUUUCACAACACAAAGAAAAUAAAUUUUGUACCCGCCACUGUCGACGUUGGGUUUUAAAUGUAUUAAUUACAAUAAAUGUUUUAUUUUUCAAGCACUAACCUGAUGUCUACAUGGUCAAGUCAAAUUAACUUAUUAAAAUUAUUUGUGCUCUUUAUCAUAGUUGUACUUAGAUAUGGCUUCCUUAACAUUGAUAAAAAUCAUCCUCAAUCAGACUGCUUUUAAAGAUCAAAUAAAUUACUUCUUAGGUGUACUUUUGCCGAUGAAUAUGAUUUUGUAAAUUAAGUGUUCAGUGCAUCUUUUAUUUAUUUACAUAAUCAAUUGUUGGACAUGAAGGAAUUGCGAUUUCUUAUCAGCUACACUCAGUACAGAGCCAGCGGUUAUUUCAGAAAACGUAAGACAAAUAUUCAUUUUGUGUUUUUUUGUAAUGCUACUUUAUUUUUGUAUAAACAACUAUCCUAUAUCUCUGUGCAAUAUUGUACGAACAAAAAAAA